GGCUUUUGGAAUAGUAGACUCCGAAAAUGAUAACUCAUGGCUAUGGUUCUUCUCCAAACUGCGAGAAACCUAUGGAGAACCCGAAGGAUUGGCUAUAGUUUCUGACAGACAUAAGAGCAUAGACAAUGCAGUACAUAUGGUGUACCCAAAUGCUUUCCAUGGAGCUUGCAUGUUUCACUUACUCAAUAAUUUGAAAGGCAAGUAUGGGAGCCAUGGAGAAGAACUACAAAUGAAAUUCAUUGCAGCAGCAAAAGCAUACACACAGACAGAAUGUGAAAACUACAUGAAAGGCCUUGAUAGAAUUGAUAGACGCAUUAGGCCCUAUUUAGAAAAAGCCAAGUAUGAAACUUGGGCAAGAUCAUACUCGCCAACAAAAAGAUACACCAUGAUGACAUCCAACAUCGCAGAAUCACUCAACGCUGCACUAAAAAGCUGCAAGAAAUCUCCCCAUUGAUAUCUUGGUUGAAUGCCUUAGAAGUUUGGUUCAAAAGUGGGUUUGGAACAACUCAAAUAAUGCAAAUGGAACAUUCACAAAAGUCUCUACAGCAACAGAAAAUGAAUUGAGACAUGACAUUGUUUCAAAAAUGAAGUAUGAGGUCUUGCCUUUCAACACAAUAGAAUACCAAGUUCGUGAUCAAAAGGGGAUAAAUUUCACAGUAAAUAUACAUAAUAGAACAUGCACUUGCAAUAGGUUCCAAGAAGAUGAAAUACCUUGUGGCCAUGCAGUAGCUGUCAUUGCAAAAAGAAACUUGAGUGUCUAUGAUUAUUGUGCAAAAUUCUACAGAACAGAAACGUUGAAAGCAUUGUAUCAAGAAAAUGUUCAUCCUUUGCCCCAUAAAGAUGAAUGGAAUCUCCCACAACACUUGGACAUACUAGUGCUGCCUCCAAAUUCAACAAUCCCUGCAGGAAGACCAAGAAAGAAACGAAUAAGAUCAAGAGGGGAAAAUAACGUAAUAAUCACCUGUGGGAAAUGUGCACAACCAGGACAUAACAGGAAGACUUGCAGGAAUCCUCCAUUUCAGAAGCCAAAUAAACAGAAAAAGCCAAAGACAUAGAUUCACAUUCUACAGAAAAACAAACCUUUCAUAGCUUUCCUCAUUGAAAGAGAUACUUUCAUAUUCAUCAAGUAUCAUUCAGAAUUUUAAUAAGAUUGUUUCAAAAUAAAACACAUUGAUUGGUUAUGCAAACUUAUAAAAUCCUUUCAAAAUAAUUUCUUGGAUUUGUUUGCUUCUAUUUUUCAAUGCUACAAUCACUAACAACAAAAACAACGAUAUAGGUAACUGGUUACCCUGAAGUUUCAAUACAAGGUAAAUUACCCCACUAUAACAAUCUCAAAGCCAAAAAAAAAGAAAAAAAGAAUUAAACCCUUUACUUUCUUCUAUCACAAACUCGUCUAUAUAUAAUAUUAAAGUUACUUUAAUAUUAAUAUAAUAAACUGGUUGCAUAACUAUUAAAAAAGACAAGCAUAGGGGAAAAAUAAAAAAAAAACACUUAAGUAACCAGUUACCCUCGGUAUAUUAUGAAACAAACAGCCUGAGUACCUAGUUACCCUCCAAUAUCACCAUUAAAAUUAGUUAAACAAACCAACUAGGAAUUAGUUUCCCUCAAGUUAUUCCAUAAAACAGUGGAAAAAAAUACAAAAACAAACAGAAAACUAGCUACCUGAUUUAAAGGGUUAUCUAAAAUAUAUA